AUGCUCUCCGCAUUCACAGCUCGGUCCAUCAUCGAGCUCAAGCAGAGGGACAAGUCCAAAAUAGAGACGAUACUUGCUUAUGGCGACCGCGUCCUCGUCGGCCUCAACACGGGCAGUCUACGUGUCUAUCGACUCAACGAUCUCGAACCUCCUUCGUUAUCACAAGCCCAAAGCACCAAUGGAUCGUCCGUCUCCCAGGGCGAUUCUGCCGGCCAUGGCUUUGAUGGCGCCUCCCAGCAGCCCUCCGCUCCCAGCAAGCCUGCCGCAACGAAGCCUACCGACCUACUCCGCGAGGUAGAGAAGUUCUCCAACCGCACGAUCGAGCAGCUCGCAAUCAUCAAGGAGGCCAACACGCUGGUUUCUCUAUCAAACUAUGCUAUUUCUCUACACGACCUGCAGUCCUACGAGCCUGUCGACGGCUGUGCGCCGCUGCCCCGCACAAAGAACGCGUCAUGCUUCGCCGUCACGAGCAACAUCGUGCGGGACUCGGAGACGGGAAUCCCGGAGAUCAUCAGCCGGAUGGCAGUUGCGGUGAAGAGGAGGCUGCUCCUGUGGCGCUGGCAUGAGAGCGAGCUGGCCCCCGACGUCAGCGAGGUGGUGCUGGCUGAGGCGAUCCGGACGGUGACGUGGGCCAGCGCCACCAAGGUGGUCUGCGGCAUGAACUCGGGCUAUGUCCUGGUCGACGUCCUGUCGCACGAGGUCGAGGAUGUGGUGGCGCCAGGCGCCAUCGCAGGCGGCCAGGGCAACCGUUUCGGUGCCAUGAGCAGCGCGGGCAUGGGCUACAUGGGCCUCGGCGGCUACGUGCCGAGACCCCUCGCCACCAAGCUCGCCGACGGCCAGAUGCUGCUGGCCAAGGACAUCAACACGCUUUUCAUCACCGAUGAGGGCAAGCCCCUGCCCAACAAGCGGCAGAUCCCCUGGCACAGCGCCCCCGAGAGCGUCGGCUAUAGCUAUCCCUACAUCCUGGCCCUGCAGCCGCCGUCCAAGGGCACCUUGGAGGUGCGCAACCCAGACACGCUGAGCCUCCUCCAGAACAUUAGCCUCCCCGGGGCAGCCAACAUGCACUUCCCUCCUCCGACCGUCAGCCUCGCGCACGCGGGCAAGGGGUUUCAUAUCAGCAGCGACAGGGCGGUGUGGAAGAUGGACGCGACGGACUACGACAGCCAGGUCGACGAGCUGGUCAGUUCCCAGAAGUAUGACGAGGCUAUCAGUGUGCUGGGCAUGCUUGAGGAUGCGCUGCUCAAGAACAAGACCGAGACGAUGAGGGAGGUCAAGAUGCAAAAGGCCGAGGUGCUGUUCCGCCAGAAGAAGUACCGCGAGUCUAUGGACUUAUUCAACGAAGAUGCAGUGCAUGCGCCACCCGAAAGAGUGCUGCGGCUCUUUCCGAGAUCGAUCGCGGGAGACUUGUCCGGGGACACCGACGACAAUGACAGCGGUAGCGAGUCUGAGCCGGACGAGACCAAUGGGAAGCCGUCUGAGCCACAGGAGGACGAGCAUGCACGUAAGGAUACCGAUGCGGCCUCCACGACCGCCGAGGAGACAUUAUCACCAGCAACGAUGGGGUCGGGUUUUGCAAGAAUGCUACUAGGGCAUCGCAGCAAGCCCAAGGACCCAGAAACAUCUUCGGUAGACUCAUCUGCCAAGCGAGGGGUGGAUAACGACGACGCGAUGAGCGUCAAGAGCAAGUCAUCCAAGGCAGCCGACGACAGCCACACGCUCGAAGGCAAAAACCUCAAGGAGGCCGUUCUUGAGCUCCGAGGCUUCCUCGCCGGGACGCGCGCAAGGCUCCAGCGCGUGUUGGACCCUGUGAGCGGCAGGCUCAAGACCAAGGUCUCACAGUCUGGAUCAAGCGAAGAGGCGCUGAAAAGCCUGAUCAGCACCACCGGUGGCAGGGACGAGUCGGAUGAUGUGCUCGAGCAGCAACUCCAGGAGACGUUCAAGAUUGUCGACACGUGCCUGUUCCGCGCCUACAUGUUCUCUGCGCCGACUCUGGCCAGCUCGCUGUUCCGCAUCCCCAACUUCUGCGACCCGGACGUAGUCAACGAGAAGCUGGUGGAACAUGACCGCUACAACGAGCUGGUUGACUUCUUCUACGGCAAGCGGCUUCACCGGCAGGCACUAGAGCUGCUGAAGCGGUUCGGCGAGGGUGAGGAGCCCGACGAGCGCGCCCCGUCGCUGCACGGCCCGACCAGGACGGUUGGCUACCUGCAGAACCUGCCGCCCGAGAUGAUCGACCUGAUCCUCGAGUUCAGCGAGUGGGCGCUGCGCCGUGCGCCGGACAUGGCCAUGGAGGUGUUCUUGGGCGACACGGAGAAUGCCGAGACACUGCCCCGCGAGAGGGUUGUGCGCUUCCUGGGCGCCAUCGACACGCGCCUCGAGGUGAGGUACCUGGAGCACAUCAUCAACGAGCUGAACGACCUCACGCCUGAGUAUCAUGAGCGCCUGGUCGACCUGCUCGUGAAGCAGCUCAAGGAGGCCGGCACGCGGGAUGCGGAGUGGGACAACAACAUGACCAGGUUGAUUAGUUUCCUCAAGGACUCGAGGCAGUAUAGCCUAACCAGAGCUUUCACCUUGCUCAAGGGUGAUGAUCCGGCAUUCUAUGAAGCUCAAGCCAUUGUCCUUAGCAACAUGGGUGAGGACAGGCAGGCGCUCAUGAUCUACGUCUUCAAGAUGCAGGACUAUCACAAAGCUGAAGAAUACUGCAAUCGCGUUCACGUUUCCAAAGAGGUACCAAGGCCGCCGUCCUCCGGGGCGGUGGGUUCCCCCGGCGCAUUCAAAACACAGAAGCCCUCCACGGUGUCCGAGGAGAAGACGGACGAGGCGGGCCCGUCCAUCUACCAGACCCUGCUGUCACUGUACCUCAACCCCCCACCGCCCAACAAGCCGAAUCUCCCACCGGCGCUGAGCCUGCUGUCAAAGCAUGGCUCGCGGCUCCCCGCAGCGUCGACGCUGUCACUGAUUCCGGACACGCUUCCCGUGUCAGACCUGGAGUCGUACUUUCAAGGCCGGAUCCGCUCGGCCAACUCGGCCGUCAAUGCGAGCCGGAUCAUCGCGGGGCUGCGGCAGACGGAGCUGGUUGCGAGCCAGGCGCUGCUGCUCCUGGGCGACGGCGUGGCGGGCGGGCAGGGCGGGCGCAACCGAAGGGUGAUCAUCAGCGAUGAGAGGGUGUGCGGCGUGUGCCACAAGCGCCUGGGCGGCAGCGUCGUCGCCGCGCUCCCCGACAACUCGGUGCUGCACUACGGGUGCCUGAACCGAAGCGAGAGGGCCUUCUCGACAUCGGCAGCCGGAAGCGUGGGGUCCGGCACGAGCACGGGGCUCAGCGACAGCAUCCGCAAGGCGUCAACCUGGGGCAUCACGCCUCCAGUGAGCACAACGACCGGACCGUGGAAGACCGGGAGGAGCGGUGGAGGAUGGGGUACCACCAGCCAGCGGUCAUCAGGAUUUGACGGCUAA